CCAGAGCGGAGUCCUCCAGAGCAGACAAGUCGCAUUUCCCGGAUCAGAGAACGCGGCCAGAGCGGCCCCGCGGGGCGGCACUUCCGGGCGGCGGCGGCGGCGGCGGGAGGAUUCGAUCAUGGCCGCGGCCGCCGCCGCCUCCUCCCGGCGCCGCCGCCGCCCCCGCGGCCACCCCAACCCGCUGUUCGCCCGCUGGCUGCGCGAGUGGCGGGACGAGGCGCAGGGCACCUGGGCGAGGGGCGCCUACGACAGGGCCCUGCGCUCUCUCUCCCGGUUCCCACUCCCGCUCCGUUCCGGCCGCGCCGCCGCCAUCUUGCAGCACUUUGGCCCCGCCCUCUGCGCCCGCCUGGACCAACGGCUGAGCCAGCACCGCCGGGGGCCUCCCUGCCACGCCCCCUCGGUGCCAAGACCCUCCCCCAGCCCCGCCCACGGUGAGUCCCCUCCUCGCCCCUCCCCCACCCAGGACCGCCCCACUGUUCCCCCUUGUGGGGGGAGGGGCAGAGGAGGCCACGCCCCCAAUCUCUGCCCCUCCCCCUCCAUCCAGCGCCGCCCCCGGCAGCCCCGGCCCCUCCCCCGCUCCCGGAGCCACGCCCUCCUGCAGGUGCUGAGCCAGAGCCCUGAGCCCCUCCCGGAGGCGGAGCUUCUGCAGCAGGCCCAGCCCCUCUGUGACCACGCCCUGACCCCGGCGGCUCUGGGUCCCCUCCUGCGCCGGGGCCUCGCCCAGAGGAGCGGCCGCCCCCCCCGGUACUCUGUGACCCCGAGGGGGCGGAGCCUCGCCGAGGCCACGCCCCCCGGCCAGGUGCGCCCGCAGCGCCCCCUGGCGGGGCAGGACGAGAACUGCGCCCCCUCCCCCCCCGCGUGCGACCCCCGGCAGGAGUUUGAGCUGAGACCCGGCGAGUUCGACAUCGUGCUGUGCGCCGACGUCACCGAGGCCAACGGCCCCUCCGGGGGGGUCCCGGCGCUGCUCCGCUCCCGGGGGGUCCCGGUGCUGCUGCGGCGCCUCCCGGUCGGCGACUUCCUGUGGGUGGCGCGCGAGAAGGACCCGCCCGCAGGCCACGCCCCCCGGGAGCUGGCGCUGGACGUGGUGGUGGAGCGGAAAUCGGCGGCGGAUCUGGGGAACAGCGUCAGGGACGGGCGGUACCGCGAGCAGAAGUGGCGGCUGCGGCGGGCGGGGCUGCGCUGCCCCGUGUACCUGCUGGAGGAGCCGGGGGAGGGGGAGCCCCUGCCCCUCCCCCUGCCCAGCCUGCGCCAGGCGGCCGCCAGCACACAGCCUCAUGGCCGCCCUGGGACCCUCCCAGGACCCCCAAAAGUGCCGGGAGGUGCUGAGCACCCUGCGGUGUGGGCCUGCCCAGAGGAAUUUGGGCCCCUCCCUGAGCGGGGCCCUGGUGAAGCUCUACGGGACCCCGGGGCCGCUGGCCUGAGGGGACACCCCAGUGACACCCCAAUGUCACCCCAUUGUCACCCCAGUGACACCCCAAUGUCACCCCAAUGUCACCCCAAUGUCACCCCAAUGUCACCCCAGUGUCACCCCAGAGGAGGAGGAGGAGGAGGAGGAGGAGGCGGCGGCGGCGCGAUGCUGGUGGCGCUGGUGGCGCUGGUGGCCGUGGCGGCGGGGGGCGACGCGGGGGUCCCGCCGACCCCCCCGUGCCCGCUGGGCUUCGGGCCGGUGGCGGCGGGCGGCUGCGGGGACAGGGACGAGUGUCGCACGGCCGCCGUGUGCCACCACAUGUGCCUCAACCACCACGGCGGCUUCGCCUGCCACUGUCACCGCGGCUUCGUCCUGCAGCCCGACGGGGUCACCUGCCGCCGCCGCCGCCGGGGACACCGGGGACAGCCGGGGACCCCUCCCCAGGGGCUCGGGGGACACCGAGGACAGCCCGGGACCCCUCCCCACGGCGGACACCCGCAGCUGCCCGAGGGCACCGGGCGCGGCUGGAGCGGCCGGGGAUGGAGAGCCCGGGACCGGCGGCGGGACGGGCCGGGAGGAGCUGAAGCCUCGCCCCGGGACUCGGCACCGGAGCGGAGGCGCGGCUCGCAGGAGGGUUUGGAGGGUUUGGAGCGCGAUCCCCACCCGGAUUCCCGGCAGGAUCCGCAUCCCGGCUCGCUCUGGGAUCCACGGCAGGGUUCGUUCCCGGGAAGGCACCGGGAACUGCGGCCGGGGCGGCACCGGGGCUCGCACGGGGACUGGGACCGGGAUUGGGACCGCGAUUCGGACCGGGAUCCCCACCAGGAUCUGAGGCGGGACUGGAACCGGGAUUGGAACCGGGAUCUGGACCGGGAUCCCCACCAGGAUCUGGACCUGGACUCGGACCGGGAUUCCCAGGAGGAUUUGCGCCCGGGAAGGCACCGGGGCUGGAACCGGGAUCUGGACCGGGAUCCCCACCAGGAUCUGGACCUGGACUCGGACCGGGAUUCCCAGGAGGAUUUGCGCCCGGGAAGGCACCGGGGCUGGAACCGGGAUCUGGACCGGGAUCCCCACCGAGAUCUGCACCGGGAUUUGGACCGGGAUCCCCACCCGGAUUCGGACCGGGAUCCGGACCGGGAUUCCCACCAGGAUCUGGACCGGGAUCCGGACCGGGAUUCCCAAGAGGAUUUCCGUGAGGAUUCCCAGCCCGGCGGGCAGCGGGAUUGGCACCGGGAUUUGCCCGAGGACUCCCGGGAGGAUUCGCCCCCGGGAGGGCACCGGGGUUUGCACCGGGAUUGGCACCGGGAUUUGCGGGGCUCGCACGAGGAUUCGCACCGGGAAUGGCCGCAGGAUUUGCCCCGGGAGCGGGAUCCAGGCUCGGCGCGGCACCGGGACCGGGACCGGCACCGAGAGCGGGAGCCGGAACCGCCCCGGUACCGGGGGUGGCACCGGGACUCCCUCGAGGGGUCCCACGAGGGGUCCCACCGGGAUUCCGACCGGGAUUUGCCCCCUUCCCCCGUGCCCCCCUAUAGGGACGAGGACCCCGGUCCUUACGGGGACCCCUACGGGGACCUGGGGGACCCCGAGACCUACGGGGACCCCUACGGGGGCCCGGCCCCCCCCUACAGGGCCGAGGACCCCGGGGAGGGGCCGUGGGACCCCGAAACGGAGCCCUGGGACCCCGACAUUUAUGGGGACCCCUACGGGGACCCCUACGAGGACGAGGACCCCGAAGAGGAGCCCUGGGACCCCGCCCCACCCCCCCCGGACCCCUACGGGGACCCCGAGCCCGGGAGCCUCCGCCGGGGCCGGGACCCCCAGACCCGGCCCUGGGACCCCUAUGGGGACCCCCAGAGUGAGCCCGGGGACCCCCAGACCCGACCCUGGGACCCCUAUGGGGAUGGGGACCCCCAGAGUGAGCCCGGGGACCCCGAAACCAGGACCUGGGACCCCUAUGGGGACCCCCAGAGCGAGACCAGGGACCCCCAGACCCAUCCCUGGGACCCCUAUGGGGACCCCUAUGGGGAUGGGGACCCCCAGAGUGAGCCCGGGGACCCCGAAACCAGGACCUGGGACCCCUAUGGGGACCCCUAUGGGGAUGGGGACCCCCAGAGCGAGCCCGGGGACCCCGAAACCAGGACCUGGGACCCCUAUGGGGACCCCUACAGCGAUGAGGACCCCCAGGAUGACCCCACAGGGGACCCCCACAGGGUCCCCGACCCCGAGGCUGAGCCCUGGGACCCCCCGAGGGCCCCCCAUGGACUCAGCCCCUCCCUCAGGCCCCACAGGGACCCCCAAAGCUCCUCCUUUACCCCUCAGGUUCCCCAAAGUUCCUCCCCAGUUGCCCCCCCAGAAUCCCAGUUGCCCCCAGUUGCCCCUGCCACUUCCCCCCCCAAGCCA